UGUUAUCGCGUUUUUUUAUGUUUUUUUGUUCUGUAAGCAUUUAUAUCAUUCAUUCAUUCAUUCAUUGUGUACCGUAAAAGAAUAAUAACCGACACAUUAAUCCUUUGUGAAGGAUAAAUCCUCUCAGUUUAGCUUAGCUUGUCAGCCGCUAACAACGAGACCCGGAAGUGAUGAAGACAUCGCUAAACGGAGAUCGAGUGAGUGCAAACUGGACGUUUCCAAGAAGCCCUAAGUUGUGUUCCACGGAACAGGUGGACACUGAGGAAGAUCUCCCCCCUGAGCAGCAGGAGCUGAGCUCCAGGAUGGAGCAGGAGAAGCCCCAGCCCCGUCUCGUGAAUAAGAAAGAGGAGCCACGGCCCCUACAUGUUAAAGAGGAAGAUGAGGAGCACAGCAUCAACACGGAAGGACCGGAGGAGUUCCCAGUGAUUCAUGUCGUUGUGAAGAGUGAAGAUGAUGAAGGUGAAAGUGAGGAGAAGAGCGAGGCGGAGCCUCCGAGCAGCAGCUCAACAGAAGCCGAUGGAGACCACUGUGGAGGAUCACCAGCAGACAAGCUCUUAGCUCCACUAUCAGAUAGUGAGCACACGACGUCACACUCUCCUGACACUGAUGAUGAUGAUGAUGAUGAAGACUCUACAGCUGAUAUGACAUGUCACCCUGACAACACACGCUUGAAAUGCCAACACUGCGACAAGACCUUUAACGAUCGUAGUAACAUGAGAAGACACGUGAGACUGCACACGGGAGAGAAACCAUUCAUGUGCUCAGUUUGUGCUAAAAGAUUCUCCCAGAAGGCACAUUUGACAGCACACACAAGGAUACACACCGGAGAGAAACCAUUUUCCUGUUCCGUGUGUGGUGUGGCUUUUGUACGAAAUCAAGAUUUGACCAUACACAUGAUAAUACACACCGGAGAGAAACCGUUUUCCUGUUCAAUCUGUGGCGCGGGUUUCGUAAGGAGUCAGUAUCUGAAAAGACACACACGCAUACACACUGGGGAGAAACCUUUCUCCUGUUCCGUGUGCGGUUUAGCUUUUGUUCGGAAUCAGUGUUUGAAAAGACACAUGAGAAGACACACUGGAGAAAAACUACAUUGCUGUUCUAUCUGCCACAAAAGCCUCUGUGACCGGACGACACUCACAUCACACAUGAGGACACACACGGGAGAGAAAGUGUUUCGGUGCAGCGUGUGUGCUGAAGGAUUCUCUUAUAAGUACCAGCUUAGCAACCACGCGUGUGCUGGGGAGAACAGCGGCAGGAAGUGAAGCUGCACCGCUUCCUGCCGGGGAGAACAGCAAGCUUGGAAUGAGCCAUCAAGACUUCAACACGAGGUCGUUCAAUAAAGAAUGUGUGACAGUUUCCUCCAUCUGUCUACCAUCCCUUUUAGUCGAUGUCGAACCCAUA